UAAAUACAAAUCAUAUGCAACGGCUCAGUUUUGGCCUGGCUCGUAAAAGUCGCGCAUAAAUUAGACGAAAACUCAAACGGGACGGACUUUAAGCCAACCGAAUGCGAUAGCAUUUAAGCCAACAACAAGUUUGUAGGUACUAUAUAGAAUAUACACCGUUAUACUACAUUCGAUUCCAAUCUCUGCACACUAAAUACCAAGGCAAUGCAGCGACACUCAAGCCUGACUUCUACUCUGCAAAGCACCUUAGCCACUGAGUCCAUACGAGCCACUGCAGCAACCACAGAGUCCCGGCCAAGAGCCAGCAGCAAUUCGACUGCAGCUCCGUCUAGAAAAUGAUGGAACGCUUAUCCACGCACUUGUCGCUCUCUGGAUUAUCGCUCGCACAUCCACUGCAGAGUCAUUUGAGCUCGGUGAGCUCCACCAGCGGCACGCAUCUGGGCCAACUAAUACAGCACCAUCAGCAGCAGCAGCAGCAGCAGCAACAGCAGCAGCAGCAGCAACAGCAACAACAGCAUUCGAGUGAGCAUAGUCACGCCCACAGCCACGCCCACCAUCACAGCCAGCAACUGUCGCUGGGUCAGCUGGGCCAGCAGCACCACCACCACCAGUGCAACAGCAAYAGCAGCGGCGGCGGCUCGCCCAACGGCAACGGAUCCUCGGCUCUGAGCUUGCAUCCGCACCUGCAUCACUCGGCGGCAGCCGCAGCGGCCGCUCAUCACCUGAGCUCGCAGCACUCGCAGCUGCACCAGCAUCAUCAGGCAGCGGCGGCUCAGCAGCAGCAGCAGCAGCCACAUUCCACAGCCUCGCACCACAGCCAGGCGGCCAGCUCCGGGGCGGGCUCCAUACACAGCCAGUCGCAGACGCAGUCGCACCAGCCCCACAGCAACGGCAUUGGCCCGCAUCUGUCCGCGAGCGCGGGUCACAGUCUGGGCAGCUCCAGCUCGAGUGCUCCGGUCCACUACACGUCCACGUCCAGCACAUCGAACAGCGUAAUGGCUGCCGCCGCCGCCGCCCACCUGCACCACAAUUCGCAGGCGUCGCCCAUCAGCAACCUGCACCAGAACAUGGGCAGUCUCAUGAACAGCGGCAGCAGCGCCAGCGAUGUCUUCUUCAGCCUGAUGAUACAGAACACAACGAAGCGCCAGAACGAGGAGCACAUCAAACGUCCAAUGAACGCUUUUAUGGUCUGGUCACGCUUGCAGCGCCGCAAAAUAGCCCAGGAUAAUCCCAAAAUGCACAAUUCGGAGAUAUCCAAGAGGCUGGGUGCCGAAUGGAAGCUGCUCACCGAGGAAGAGAAACGUCCGUUCAUCGAUGAGGCCAAGCGUUUGCGCGCUAUGCACAUGAAGGAGCACCCCGACUACAAGUAUCGGCCCAGGCGCAAGCCCAAAGCCCUGAGACGCGACGGCUACCCGUAUCCCAUGCCAUAUCCAUCGGUGCCGGUGGAGGCGUUACGUGCAGGCAUCUCGCCGGGUUACUUUGCUCCGGGUCCCACAGCGGCCGCCUAUCACCUGGGCAGCCAUCUCACGCAGACGUCGCCGCCAACGACAACGCAGGCCACACUCUCCGGGCAGAUGGACAAAUUUGCCGCAUUGGAGCGCAGCUCAUAUCUGAGUAAUGCAGCAGCGGCCGCGGCGGGCAGCCAGGCGAGUGCAUACAGCGCCUACCUGGACCCCAGUGUGCUGACCAAGGCCUACUUCGACUCGAAAAUGUAUCAGGAUCGUGCCAACUAUGCCUUUGACAUUUCCAAGAUCUAUGGCGCCCAGCAGCACGCGGCGGCGCAUCAUCAGCAGCAGCAGCACCAACAACAACAGCAACAGCAGCACCAGCACCAGCAGCAGCACCAACUGCUCAUGGCCAGCAGUGGAGCAGGCGGCGCAAGUGCUGGGGGUGCUGGCAGUGCUGGUGGCAGCUCGCACAACAACAACAGCAGCAGCGGGCUGGACGAGCGCGAUGCCACGCCCCAGCUGGACGCGGGUGGCCAGGAAGCCAAGCCGCAUCUGCACUCGCCCAGCGAUGUGGGCUUGGACUAUGCUCAUCAAUAUGCUCAGCAGUAUGGCGGCCAGUUGGCCAGUGCCGCCGCGGGCGUUGGAGUGGGAGUGGGCGCCGGGGCGGCCGCUGGUGGUGGGGGCGGCGCUGGGGGCGCCUCAGAUUUUCGUCGACCGCUGACGGUCAUCUUCUGACCACCAUCGUCCAAUGGUAGCGAGGAGCUAAACUUAUCUAUGACUUAGGAAAUGCGAGAUUAAAGUUAAACGUAGCCAACUUUACAGUUAAGCCUCCAGUUGUAAAUUAAUCAUAAGCUUUGUUAAAACGAAGAGCAGCUGCACAGCAA